UCCACUAGAAGCUGCCUUUGGUGGGUCAAACCCAUUUUUGGAUUUAUGAUGCUUAGGGUUGGGGGGACAAUGAUCAAUGGCCCAGGAGUUUCUUGUUUCAAGAUUCAACAAUCUUUCAGGCUAAAAUCAAGUUCUGUGAAGAAAGGUAUGGGCUUAGAAGAAAUUUUCAAUUCCAAUAAUUCAUCACCAUGUGUUGCUCUGUUGAGGCAUUUACUAUGCACAGCACGGAUUCAAUUACUGCACAAUCCAGUAUCCUGUCUUUCCUCAAAGGAGUAGCAUUAAUUGUCACCCUUGAAAAUUUGACUAGUUACUUUCUAUUUUGAGUUGCUGGAUCCAAUUCCAAUCAUGUGAAAUACCCAAUCGGUGUCUGAAACCUGAACUUUUUUAACAGUAAGUUAGUUGGCAGCUGAAGAAAUUAUAGUCUGCUUUCUUUGUUGGGCACUGGGCACAGAAUGGAUUUUGUAUGCAUUUUCUUUGCCAUAAUUUGCAUUGGAACUGUGAAAUAUGAAAUAACUUUAUGGUUUUAUCUCACGGGGUUGGUGCUGAUUUUACAGGCUAUUUAUUGUUCACAGUUAAUCUGUAAAACUAUAAAAGGACUAUGUUUUUGCCCAUACCUUGCACACAUGAGGGUUUAUGUUCAUUUUCUGUAUUCUGUUUUGGAUGUAAAUGAAGAAGACUUUAUUAUGAGUGCUUUGUUUCGAUAUUUAUUGAGGUUGUAGGCCUAUAAACAUCUGAUGAGUUUGAAGCUGCUCAGUCUUCUGAUAUAAAUUCAUUAGCACACUAAUACAAAUUCUAUAAGCCAUACUCCCUGUGUUACAGUUAGAGAUUGACAGAUAUUGAACCGUACUCAGAUUUCUGUCGUUUAUUUUCCUUGCAAUGGGCACUCUAUUAAACAGAGAAAUCAUUCUUGGAGCUGUGUCUCUGACAUUGACAAUCUUGGUAUUGUUGGGGACUUGCGUUGCAUAUAAUACUCCUGCUAAUUUUGUUUUUGGUGAUUCCUUGGUUGAUGUGGGAAACAACAAUUACAUUAAAUCCCUCUCCAAGGCUGACUAUGUCCCAAAUGGGAUUGAUUUUGGAAGGCCGACUGGACGAUACACCAAUGGUAGAACCAUUGUGGACAUUCUAGGUCAAGAAUUGGGUAUAAAAGAUUUCACUCCUCCUUACUUGGCUCCAACAACAGUGGGAUCAGUGGUUCUGCAAGGUGUCAAUUAUGCUUCUGGUGGAGGUGGAAUACUUGACCACACUGGAAAGAUCUUUGGUGGUCGAAUCAACAUGGAUGCGCAGUUGGAUAAUUUUGCAAAUACUAGACAGGACAUAAUCAGUAGCAUUGGAGAUGUUGCAGCUCUUGAUCUGAUUCAUGCUUCUCUAUUCUCUGUCACAAUGGGUUCAAAUGAUUUCAUCAACAACUACUUAACACCAGUCAUCUCAAUUCCAGAGCAGAAGUUGGUGUCCCCGGAAGUGUUUGUGGGCACCAUGAUCUCAAGAUUCAGACUACAACUUACAAGACUUUACGAUAUGGGUGCUAGAAAGAUCGUUGUAGUAAAUGUAGGUCCUAUAGGGUGCAUACCAUACCAGAGAGAUACUAAUCCAGGUUCGGGAAACAGUUGUGUUAGCUUUCCGAAUCAGCUAGCCCAAUUAUUCAAUAUCAAGUUGAGAAGCCUAGCCGUGGAGCUUAGCGCAACUUUGGAUGGGUCAAGAUUUGUUUAUGCAGAUGUUUAUGGGAUUGUGGCUGAUAUCAUUCAAAACUAUGCAGCUUAUGGUUUUGAAAAUGCUGAUUCCUCGUGCUGCCAUCUUGCCGGUCGCUUUGGAGGUCUGAUUCCAUGUGGUCCUCCUUCAAAGGUUUGCCCAGACAGAUCAAAGUAUAUAUUUUGGGAUCCAUACCAUCCUUCUGAUGCUGCUAAUAACAUCAUAGCUAAGCGUGUUUUGGACGGAGACACUAAUGAUUUCUGGCCGAUGAACAUUCGUCAGCUCAUUAUGAGUUGAUCAGUUGAUCAAGUGCAGCGUUAGUUCAAUCCAGGGAUGUCUUUUAAUUUCUUCUACAGAUGCUUUUAUAGUGUAUUUUAACAGGAAAUAACUUAAGAUAUUCAAGUUUUGAGAUUAUUUCACUGCAAAACAGACUUGAAUUCUUGUUUGAUAUGAUUCAGUUUCUGAAUGAAAUCUUGAAAAAUAUG